GCCAAAAGCGGAAAGCUAGCCGUAGGGCUCCUUAUAAUAGGCCCGGAACAGCCAGAGAGUCACCAUGCUUACUCUCAGGCUGCAACGGUGCUUUAUCUGUGCCAUUGCGCUCGUCUGCGGCUUCCAGCAGCCACGCCAUCGAUGCGAGCCAGCAACGCGAAGGCGUAUGAUGCGCGACGACAAGCGCCUGUUCGUGGGCGACGCUGGCAUGAUCGUCGCCGCCGGCGCGACGCAGAAACUCGUCGAGUCAUUUGCAGCAGGCGACUCAAUCCUCUCUCCCGUGACCGCAUCUGACCUCGAUGCGUUGCCCGCGCUAUUCUUUUCGAGCGCCGUUUGGCUCCUGUGCUGGCUCGGCCCGGCGUUCUACCGUGGCGUCUACGACGACGCGGUUAGCGCCGACGCGCCGGCGCGCGCCCUCGACGCGGCGGUAAACGCGGCGCAGCUGCGAGUGCUCUACGAGCUCGGGCGGAUAUACCUCCUGCAGACGCCGACGGACGUUGUCGACGUCGCGAUCGGCAUCGUCAACGUCGUUUUGUAUCUGGCGGCGUGGCGCGCGCUCUACGCGUAUCGUUUCAAAGGGUAUAAAUAA